UAUUAGCAAUUAUUCACGUUGUGUAAUAACACUCGGUUGUGUCAAUUACAAUGGAAAAAAUUAGUACUUGACGAAAAAUCUAUUCCAUAUUUAAACUGAUUCAUAAUUGUACUAUUAAUUUUAUUAAUAAUAUUAUUAUUACUUAGCUAUUUGAUUAAUUAAUUAUUUUUAGAGACGUAGCACUGAACGACAAGGAAGUGACAACCAAGUUUAUUUGCAGUUUUUACCAAUGAUAAUGUGGUAUUGAAGUUCAAUCUAGCCACAUCCCAUCUUUAAUAUUAUUCUCUCAAAAGUUAUACAUCAGAGUACAUCAUAAUGGCCAGCAGUGAGGAAGAGGAAAAUAAGAUGGAACAACACCUAGAGUGGAUACAGCUUCGAAAGGACAUGAAAUCUAUGAUAUCUCCAAAUGAAGAAGGUUUGCGUGAAAAACUUUUGAGAAAGACCAAAGAAAAUCCCUUUGUUCCAGUAGGUUGUCUUGCUACUACAGCAGCAUUAUCAUAUGGACUGUGGAGCAUGAGGACAGGCCAGAGAAAGAUGUCUCAGUACAUGAUGAGAGCUAGAAUUUUAGCACAAGGAUUUACAGUUGUAGCAAUCAUUAUAGGAUUGGGAAUUGGAGCAGCCAAAAAAUCAGGCUGAGGGUAGAUCCCAUGAUACGUUGUACAUUUAACUCGCUGUUAGAUUUUUAGAAGAAUAAGUAAAAGUCACUUGUUCUAGACACUAUGAUAAUGUACAACUAUGUUUGUUUAGACAAGAAGCAAUGUUUUUACUGUUGAAAUCUGCAUGUUAAAGAUUAUAAUAAUAAGGAAUAUCUUAGCUAGUUUAAAGACUAAUUCUUUAAAUACAUAAUAACAUAUUUCUAUAAUUUUGCCAUUGAUAUUCUAGAACAUUGACAAAUCAUGUAUUUGUAACUUUUCUGUUUCUGAAUCUACUUACAGAGCCAUAAAAUCAGAUCUUAUAAAAAAAAAA